UGUUGGAUACUCGAGAGUGAGUGUGUCAGGAAGGAGAGCUGAAAUCUCUGCAGUGCAGAACUAAAAGGCUACUUCUCCAAUCAAAAACCAGUCUUAUCUUAUUUUUUAUUUUCCUGGCGAAAAACAAGGACUAUACCUUAUAUCUACAAAGUUGACCGGGACAGGAGCCUGGGUCAACGACAACUCGGUAUUAUUUUGUAUUUUUAAUUUUUAAUUACAUUUUUGAAGUUAGUUUCUGCUGAAAGGACUGGCGGUUUAGUCUAUGCACUGAUACGAAAGUAUUUCUACCUCCACUUCUCGUCUGUUGACCAGAUCAGAGCCAGUUAGCAGAAGUAGGCGACAUGAAGUAAAUUCCUAUGUCGUUUGCAGUGCCCUAGUCUGAAUGUUUUUUUCCGCUUCUUUUUCGAUUUCUACUUUUUUACCUCUCCGAAUGGUGUUGCAUGCAACAGCACACGAGUCUGCAGCAUUGGAGGAAUAGGAAAAACUACUGCAUGAGACAAGAGAGUGGAGAACAGACGCUUAUUAUUAAGAAGUCUGUUUUUGCGACGCUGGCAAACACCUUCGCCAAUCUGCAGAAAAGUCGUGGCAGCACCAUGAGCGCAGCGCUGAGCAUGGGCCCAGAGCUCCCCAACAGCCCUCUGGCUCUGGAAUACGUCAACGACUUUGACCUAAUGAAGUUUGACGUGAAGAAGGAAGGUCUGACCGGGCUGGAACGCGCCGGGGUGCGCCAGUGUACUCGGCUCCAGCCCCAGGGCUCUGUGUCCUCCACCCCCACCAGCACACCAUGCAGCUCGGUGCCUUCCUCACCCAGCUUCAGCCCCACAGAGCAGAAGAACCAUCUGGAGGAGCUCUACUGGCUGCCAAACAGUGGAUACCACCAGCAGAUCGACCCACAGACGCUGAGUCUGACCCCGGAGGAUGCAGUGGAGGCCCUGAUUGGAGCCACGGCCCAUGGGCACGCCCCGACCCCGCAUGUCCAGCAGCAGCUGCAGCAGAGCAGCUUCGAUGGCUACAGAGGGCCUCACCACCACAACCCCCAUGGCCAACCCCAACAGCACUACCAUCCCUAUGGGGGAGGCAUUCCACACCACCCAGAUGAACUGCCUGGACACCAGGGGGGGCACAGCCACCCACACACCCAGCACCACCACCACAGCCAGGACCCAGACAGCCCGUCCCCCGUCUCACCAGGCUCCCACCAAGCCCUCCACCACCACCAACACGACCACCAGGGACAAAAAGGCUCAGGCAACGUGGAGGACCAAUUCUCUGACGACCAGCUGGUGUCCAUGUCUGUGAGGGAGCUGAACAGGCACCUGCGGGUGUUCACCAAGAACGAGGUCAUCCAUCUCAAGCAGAAGAGGCGGACCCUAAAAAACAGAGGCUACGCACAGUCCUGCCGCUUCAAGCGGGUGCAGCAGAAACACGUGCUGGAGAACGAGAAGUCUCAUCUGAUAAACCAGGUGGGAGCACUCAAGGCGGAGAUCAAUCGGCUGGCGCGCGAGAGGGACGCCUACAAACUCAAGUGCGAGAAACUGACCGGAACGGGAGCGAAUAACGGGAUCCGGGAGGCUGGGUCCACAAGGGACAAUCCGUCAUCUCCAGAGUUGUUCAUAUCAAGGACAUACACCUGUAUUCCGCCAACACAUUUGUAUGUACAGUACAACCCCAAUCAAACGACACCCCCAGUUGCGAGCCCGCUUAGAGAAGAUUCUGUAGGAGCUGACCCACUUCACUCUUUGCUACAUGGAGGAGAUAGAGUCUAUCUUUGACCACCGGAGGAGAGUUAAAGGAUCAGCAAUAAUACGCAGUGGAUGUUGUCAACAAUGAGAGAGUGUCCAAAGCACUCUCAUGCCCUUCAUUGAGCAGGACAGACUGCGCUGGUGGAAGAACACCCACAGAAUGGGCAUGCUUACUGACUGGCCUCAGUUCCAGGACUGGGCACCAGAAAAGGGAAGAAAGAGGUAAAGACUCAGUAAGGCACAAUGGAGUCUCAGGGCUGGGAUGCCAGUGAGAUGUUUAACUAGUAGACAUCCAGAAUCAAUUCCACCUAUGGCUUCCUCUCCAUGUACAUGUGAGUAUCCUCUCCUCGCCUCCUCAUUUUCUAAAUGACUCAAUGUAUUUUUAGAAGGUGUAGUAAUGCAUUAUUUUCCUUGACAAGCAGCCUAUUGCCAACCAGAAUACCUGUAUUUAUACGCCUUUCUGAUAAGACCAUAUGAAUGUUUUCUCCUUCUCAUCUUUCCCUCUCUCCCCCUCUGUGUUCUUCGAGAGACGCCUGCCUCGGAUGAAGGAGACUGAAGGGCAACCUCCCAAUAACAUCAUCUUGUCUCGCUGAAAAACAAUGGAGGCAAGACUGAGGAGUACAAGUACAAUACACAAUACCCAUGGUUCAAGAGAGAGAGGCAACUUGAAUGAAAUGCUGCGGAUGGAGCCAUCCAACUGGUACCUUUCAGGUUGCUCAAACCGUUGGUAUGUUUUCAAGGAGGACAUUCACAUAUGUUUGCGAGAAUAGGAUCACUGGUUCAAGCCCAGGGUGGGACAGCGACAGGGAAGGAAGACAUACUGUUUUUGCAUCAGCGCUACGCACCUGAUUCAAAUCGUCAAGAUAAGUUGAUCAUUUGAAUUGGCUGUGUAGUGCUACUGCAAAAAGAAAGAUGUGCACCCCUUUGUAUCCCCAGGACCAGGAUUAAGAAAUGCUGUUCUAUCUAGACUAAUCAAAUUCCCCACCUCCCCUCUCUCUUUAGAUAUGAUCCAACUCUGUGAAUUCAUUGACUAUACUUCAAUGAAUGUUUGUUACGUGUAUCUGUUUGCUUUCUUUUUCCAGCCUGCAUUUUAAAUGGUUUAAAUUGAGAUUUUUGGUCACUGGCCAAAAAAGUCUCGUGUCCCUCAGUCGAGAAGUGAAUUUCAAACACAGAUUCAACCACAAAGACCAGGGAGAUUUUCCAAUGCCUCACAAAGAAGGGCACCUAUUGGUGGAUGGGUAAAAAUAAAAAAUCAGUCAUUGAAUAUC